CAACAAAAGAAGGUGAUUGAACCUAAAGUAGUAGAGAUGAAGGACGCUGUGGGCUAUUUAGAACAAAUCAAGACAGACGAACCACCACAGACGUAUAAUAAAUUUCUCGAAAUCAUGACCGAUUUCCGAUCCGAAAAGAUUAAUACCCCUCAAGUGUUGGAACGCGUUACGCAACUGUUCAAAGGAAAACCUUGGUUGAUUCGCAACUUUUUGAUGUUUUUACCACCUGGACAUAUCCUGGAUUUAUCACCAGAAAACAAACUCAAUUCAAUUUACAUUACCUCGCCAACCGGUAAAAAAAUCAUUAUUCAUACAGAG